AUGGCAAAAGCCAAGACCAAGCCCGCGUACCAAGUCCUCUCGUUCCGCCAAAACCGAGAAGUUGAGGCUAGAUGCUACAAGAAGCGCAAGGCGCACCGAAAGUCAAAGGGUGGCUGUUUUGGUUGCAAAGUCAAGCGGGUCAAAUGCGAUGAGGGCAAGCCAUCAUGUGGACGAUGUUGGCGCUCCUGUGUGCAGUGCAACUAUGUCUCCGAAACCACGGAGCUACCACCGUCAACAUGCCUCCCCAGGCGCAACGACAAUUCCACGACGAUGACGACGACGACGACGACGACGGGUCGUUUGUACAGCGAGCCAUCUCUUUCUGGCCUCGUUGAAACCAUAUCCGGCUCACCGUCGCCCAUUAGCGGCAUCCCGCGCCUCGCGCUGCUAAACCACCUUCGCCAUCACUUCGACGGCAUCCAGGGUCUAGAGACAGCAGGCGGCAACUUAGGCGCGAUUAUCAAGCUCGGCAUGGCUAGGCCACAUCUCCUCGAUGCCACGCUGGCCAUUGCCGCCUCGCACCUACGGCACUGCUUCCAGCAGCGGCGGUGGCAGCAGCAUCAGCAGAAACAGCUACCUAUCACUCAGGAGCCUCGCGGAAUGGUAGCAUCAUGCCGCAUUGCCGAAUGUUUUCAGCAAUCCCUAGCCCUUCGCAACUUCCAGCACGCGCUGACGCUUCCCCUGGACCAGCAGGGCUCCGAUGCGCUGCUGAUUACCUCAAUGAUGCUAAACCUGCUCACGUUUUCCAUGGUGGAGUCCAGAGACGACGAACGCAGCUCGUGGGUGUUUAGCCGCGACCCAGACCGGCUGAACUGGUUCUCUGUAAACAUGGGCCUCAAGACGUUGCUGCUGCGCACAAAGGAGUACAGAGACGGCUCGCUUCUGCAGACGGUCUUUGGAGCGUCAGACGAUGAAAAGGGUACCUUUCAUGGAGAGGAGCAGAGGCCGCUAGAUGCUGUCCCAGAGUAUUGGAUGAAGAUGUGCGGACUGUCUGCGAAAGAUGACACCGUUGACGACGUGUUUUAUGAACCGCUUCGCAUUUUAGCCGUGGUGCGAGACCUGCCCGUUUCUCACGAGGCUAUCUGGCUGUACUUGAAUUUCUUCGGCAAGCUUGAUGUUGAGUUUCGUGAUUUGCUGGGGGACGAGGAUGAGCGUGCCAUGUGGGUGUUUGGGUAUUGGCUUGGCUUACUGUGUCGCUUUGAACAUGUGUGGUGGUUCCGUACGCGGGCUGCUAAUGAUUACCGUGCAAUUUGUACAUGGCUAGAUCAGCGGCGUGUGAGGCAGAGAGUGGGCGAGGAAGGAUUGAUGUGGGCUGCACUCAUGGAUGAUUUGGAGUCGGCACAUGUACGGCCUUGUGGUUCUAGAGAGUGGGAGAGUUUUCCUUGA